AUGUUUCCAAAAAGAGGCCUUAGCAUCAAUGAUCUUUUGAACCCUAGUGAUCAGUCCAGAGGAAACAGGAAUGGAUCGAUGCUGCCAUUAAAUUCAAGAUCAAAGAACAGAAGAAAUUCCUCCCAAUCUUCAAAUAGCUCACAGAGCAAUGGCCAUCAGAAUCCUGCUAAUUUGCAAGCUUUCACACAAAUGCAAGUCAAUGAUCCUUUCGGUCUUCCCAUCGAAUUUGCCAUUCCAACAAAUCAAAGAUUCACAGGGAAAUAUCCCUUGUGGAGCGCCUACCAACGAAAUACUAGCAAUCCUAACCCAGGAUGGCUUCCUAAUGAUACCACCCUUCUGGAUUUUGCAUCUUCUUUCCAAGUGAACUCUAACCCCCCAGCACCCCAAAUGUCAUAUCCUCCUGGUGGUGGUGGGUCAUCCCAAAUGUCAUAUACCAAUGCAUCGCAGCGAGUACCAUACAAUAUGAUGGCCCAAAAGACAGUCUAUAAUCAUAAUAAUAGUUUCCCUGAACAACCCCUGCCAAUCUACAAUAAUAAUUUUCCCCAGCAGAUAACUUAUGAUUCUCUACAAUCGACCCCUUUUCGGAAGAAUUGUAUGAUGUGUCGUCGGACUUUUACUAGCAAAGAAGCUUAUGAAAGACAUCUCCCGAGCCAUCAAGUGUUCGUUUGCCCGUUUCCUAACUGUAACGCUAAGUAUUUCCAGCUUGAGCCUUGCAAAGCCCAUUACGCUAAGCAUUUCAGAUGA